GGUCUCUUUCCCCAAGCUCUCAGACCCAGCUGUUUCGGCUGGCUUUAUUUCCGGAGGAGGCGGGGCGUAGUCCAGAGGUGACCGGGCUGAAUAAAGGCAGUACUGGAGAGGAGGCUUCAGCUCUGAGAAAUGGCUUCCUUUGGGUGGAAGAGGAAGAUUGGGGAGAAAGUAUCAAAGGUAACGUCCCAGCAGUUUGAAGCUCAGGCUGCAGAUGAGCAGGGCCUUGAUGGUGAUGAGGCUGACUGGCUUCCUGAGGCAAAGAAGAAGAAGGGACUUCUCCUUGAAGACUGUUUGGAAAAAAGUAAACAGCUGAAGGAAGAAGGAGCAGUUUUGGCAGAAAAUGAAAGAUACCGGGAGGCUGUUCACAAAUGGGAUGAAGCUCUUCAGUUAACUCCAGAAGAUGCUACCCUCUAUGAGAUGAAAUCACAGGUCCUGAUGUCCCUGCAUGAAAUGUUCCCUGCAGUGCAUGCGGCAGAAAUGGCUGUCCAGAGAAAUCCCCAUUCUUGGGAGGCCUGGCAGACUUUGGGACGUGCUCAACUUGGAUUAGGAGAAAUCACAUUGGCAAUCCGAAGUUUCCAGGUUGCCUUGCACAUCUGCCCAGUGAACCCCGAACUGUGGAAUGAGGAUCUUUCUUGGGCAAGACAGCUACACAAACAGCAAGAGAAAGCCACCAAGACUGGGACAGCCACCCAAGGAACGGCGGCUCAGGGGGAGACUUCAGAGGAACCAAUCCCGGAUUACGAUUUCGAAAGUGACGAGAUUCUAGCCGUCUGUGCAGCCAUCGCCGAGAAGGAAAAGAACACGUCUCCCUCAAAAACUGUAGUGAUAGUGUCAGCUUCAGGGACUGUGGAGACUGUAACUGAAAAAGAGGAAUGCACGACAACUCCGGACAGUACUGUUUUUAUCAAAGCCCGAUAAAGGGUCUGAAAACGACCCUUCCUUUUGAGGGCUUUCUUGCCCGUGUGUCCCCUGUGUGCUUCAGCCUCCUCUGGAAAUCAUCAAUAACUGGGACAGCUCCUCUGACAGCUUGCCCUGCCAAGUUAGGCUUCAGUGGGUGUAUAGUUGCGACCCUUUGCUUUCCAAACCCCUGUGCCAAUAGGAAGGGGAGGAAGAUCCCAGUGGUCGUACUUCAAGGGAGCUUCAGGUGCUACAAGGUGGCCACAAAUUGAAUGCUGCCGGGUACAGAGAGAAUAGGUAAUCCUGGGCAAAAGAGGAAAAUUACCAUGGAAGUAUGGUGGGUGGCUUCCUCUAGCCUUGUUAUGCUCCUGGUCUGAAUAUGGUGGCUUUCCCGGGGGAACUGAAGUUUAGGUGCUGCGUGACACUCUCAUCGUUUCUAUGGGAAGAUUACCAUCGGUGGUCCCAUAAAUACUAUUUGAAUUUCUCCCUUGACUGCCUCACAUGGCCUGUUCUCGUCUCUGGUCUUUAUGCAUACCGUAUAGAAGCCUGGAGGUGAUCUUCCCACCUGUUGUGCAACCUAAUGGCCCGGCUUCCUUUCCCUCCCCAGUUUGUUGCUAUGGCUGAUCAUGGGCGGUGCCUCCACACCACCAAUCCCUUGGCUUUCCCGUGCUCGUUUCAGCAGCAUCCUCCGACCCUUGCACUAGAGUGAUUUGAAACCCAGCUAUUAAAACACAUUUGUUUUUCAGUUAAUCGAAUGAACAGAAGGAGCAGGAGGCAUCACUCCUCCUCUCCCCCCAGUUUCCAAAGAAGCAAUACAUAAAUAUAAAUAUAUAAAUGUCUUUGAAAAAAAUGACGGGCAAAUGAGUUCCCAAGACCCAAACUUGGACUAUCGCAAAGCAAGUGCCGAAUGAUCACCAGGAGCCGUUUGGAGCAUGCGUGUCGUUCGAAUUAUAUAUAAUUGAACAUAUUCAGUUUAUUAGCUGCUUCCCCCAUUCCUCUGAACAUGAAACAAGUUGUUCAGUUUAUCGUCAUGGCUGGGAAUUCGCUGUUUUUCCUGCCUGCUUUUGUAAUUUUAAAAUACCAGAUGGUAGCAAGCUUGAGAAGAAACAGGAGAGAAUGUGGUGUCCUCGGUUUUAUUUGCCCUCAUUACUAACUCUGCAGGCUGAGUGAUGUGAAACAUUGUUCCGCUUGCAAUAAUGUUUUCCCUUCCGUAUAAGGAGCCUUCUGCUGAUACAAGGGGCUUGUCCACCAGCAGAAGUCCCCUCGCAUCAGAGGAAAGCGCCUCCUUGAGUGGGACAGAUCCACGGAAUUGGAGCUCAUGUGUCCAAAUCAUAGUCAAGGUUGACAUGAUUUUAAUAAAUAUUCACAAAAGAUCUGAAUAUCCUGUGCUAUUUUCCCAUAAACUCCUGAUAAGUCUACUUAGGUUGUUUUGUAAACCGGACUUCUCCGUGGGUAGCCCUUCAUGUACUAAGAUCAGAUUUAGCCACAUUCUCAAUUUAUUAGAUGCCUGGUCCAUUUCUUCAGCGGAAACAUUCUGAAGAAAGUUGUGUCUACUCCUUGGAGUCACACACAGUUGGUUUAUAGCCCUCCCGGCUCAGCCCUCCUGUUUACAAAGCAUGCUUUAAUAAAGCAAACUUUUGUUUUUAAUAAGACAGCUUUACUGGAAGAGCCGGGCUAGAUCCAGACCUUGCUUUUGACUCAGAUUAUUGUCUUUUUCUCCCAGGAGACUACCAAAUUUUUAAUUUAUGUAGCCUGCAAUUUUAUCUCACCUGAUCUUAUGCACAUUUACUUACAAGUACAGCCCAUUUUGUUCAGGGGGAAUCUAUCUGUGCCAAAGUUAUCCUGUAUAGGGCCCCAGGCUGUGAAAAACCCUGGAAAUGGUGGGCAGAUUUAUUCUUAGCAUGUUCAAUGAGAGUACAAGGUUGGUGGCAUUGCUAGUGAAACUACUUUAAAUUUGGCUCAGCAUAGUAGAGCUUAACUGUCCUUUCCGCCUCAUUCAUGCAUGAUGCUUCACCAUGAAAAAUGCAUUUAGGACAGGAUAAGGCACUGCUGACACUUCCUUUCCUAUAAUACUUGGAUGUGUGGGAUAGUUUCCUUAGAAGUCGCAGCCAGUUGCCAUUCUACUCAAGUAAGUGGUGGCAUCGUUCUUAUUCUGCUUCUUAUUUGUCAUGCUUCGAUCUUGGUUUUCAGGUAUUUUUAUGUUGUAAAUAAAGUUUGC